AUGGCUGAGCCCAAGUCCAAGCGGGGCACCACGAGGUUACGGGCAAAGAUCGAGAAGAAGUCCCACGCCAAACAACGAAAGGACAGGAAGCAAGCCAAGAAGAACCCAGAAUGGCGCUCCAAACUGAAGAAGGAUCCGGGUAUCCCAAACCUGUUCCCUUACAAGGAGAGGCUACUGCAGGAGAUUGAGGAGAAGAAGGCUCGGAAGGAGGAGGAGGCUCGAAAGCGCAAGGAGGCCCUCAAGGCCGCCAAGACCGGCCAGGUGGCACAGGCCAAUGAUGGCGAGCAAUUGAUGGAGGAAGACCUCGAGGAUGAAGAUGUUGAGGUGGACGACGACGUGAUGGACGAGGACGACGUCGACGAGUCAAAUCCCAUGGCCGCACUGUUGGCGAGCGCGAGGCGGGCCGCCGAGGACUACGAGCGGGAGCUGCAGAGUGGUGACGACGACAUGGACGACGACUCCGAUGACGAUUCUGACGACUCAGAAGACGAACACCCUGGAGCUACCCGAGUGGCAGGUGACCCAACUUCUCGGAAAGCCUACGACAAGGUUUUCAAGCAGGUUGUGGGGCAGGCCGACGUUAUCCUCUAUGUUCUCGAUGCGAGAGACCCCGAGGGAACACGGUCAAGGGACGUCGAGAAGGCUGUCAUGCUGGCAGCAUCAGGCGGGAAGCGGCUGAUCCUGGUACUCAACAAGAUCGAUCUCAUCCCGCCACCAGUUCUGAAGGCCUGGCUCGCGCACCUGCGCACAUACUUCCCCACCCUUCCCAUCCGCGCAUCCAACGCCGCGCCGAACGCUCACACAUUCAACCACCGCGACUUAACCGUGCAGAGCACCAGCGCUACCCUGUUCCGCUCCCUCAAGGCCUUUGCCGCAACCCGCAACCUCAAGCGCUCCAUCUCGGUCGGUGUCAUUGGCUACCCGAACGUCGGAAAGUCCUCGGUCAUCAACGCCCUGCUCUCAAGACUAGGCGGCGGCCGGGGCCAGCGAUCAGCCUGCCCGGCAGGCGCCGAGGCCGGCGUGACGACCUCCAUCCGAUCCGUCAAGAUCGACAGCAAGUUGACCCUGCUCGACUCCCCCGGUAUCGUCUUCCCCUCGACGUCCGAGGUGUCCCCGACCGGGUUCGUGCCCAAGAACCCGACCGAGGCGCACGCGCACCUGGUGCUCCUCAACGUCGUCCCGCCCAAGGCCAUCGAGGACCCCGUCCCGGCCGUCACGCUCCUGCUCAAGCGCCUGUCCACGUCCCCCGCCCUGAUGGAGAGGCUGAUGGGCGCGUACGACCUCCCUCCCCUGCUGUCUAACUCGGACACGGGGGACGCGACCACGGACUUCCUCGUGCAGGUCGCGCGCAAGCGCGGCCGCCUUGGCAGGGGAGGCGUCCCCAACAUCCAGGCGGCGGCGAUGACCGUCGUCACCGACUGGCGGGACGGCCGCAUUCAGGGAUGGGUGGACGCGCCGGCCGUUGCUGCCGCGGCCCGGUCAGCCGACGGCGCCGCCCCUGUCGCCGGGAUCAAGCUGCCCGCUCCUGCGCCGCAUGCGGAUGCGGCUGCGGACCAGAAGCAGAUCGUCACGGAGUGGGUGGCCGAGUUCAAACUCGAUGGGCUCUGGGGUGACGAUGAUGCGUCUGCGGUCAAGGAGGUCGAGAUGGAGGGCUAA